UGCCUUCCGAGGAGACGGAUGGACGGACGGACGGGCAGCGAGAGGGCAGAGCGCGGUGACGCCGCCGCCGCCGCCACCACGGAGAGGACGCAGGACCCUCCCUUGGGCCCCCCGUGCCCUUUUGACGGGGCGGCCUGGGCCCCCCGACCCCCCCCCGGGCCCCCACAGGGCUGCUUCGCAUGCAUCGCCAAGCCCCCGGCCCUCCGGCACUCCUCGCCCGUCCUCUCGCCCUCCUCUGCCGCUCAGCUGAUGGAGAGCAAGGGCUGCAAAGGGGACAGCCUGCGGCCGGCGGGCCCGUGCAAGCACUCGGUGGAGAAGAAGACCAUGACCAACCCCACCACCGUCAUCGAGAUCUACCCCGACACCAGCGAGGUGAAUGACUACUAUCUCUGGUCCAUCUUCAACUUCGUAUACCUCAACUUCUGCUGCCUCGGCUUCAUCGCUUUGGCCUAUUCUCUGAAAGUCCGGGAUAAGAAACUCCUCAAUGACUUAAAUGGUGCAGUGGAAGAUGCCAAGACAGCCCGGCUUUUUAACAUCACCAGCUCAGCCCUUGCCACCUUCUGUAUCAUCCUCAUCUUCAUCUUCCUGCGGUACCCCCUCACUGAUUACUAGCAGGAGGCCAACAGCAGCGCUGCCGCCAAGAUGCCUCUAUGCCAGAAGUGUCUGCAGUUGUUUCCUGUAGCAAGGACACGAGAGUAAAACAACCCCAUCAUGAUGGCAAAAAAAAUAAAAAUUAAAAAAAAUAAAAAAUAAUAAAAAAAAAAGAAUAAUAAGAAUAAUUUAAAAAAAAUCAAAAAAGUAAAUACAGAAAUAAAAAAUAAAUGAGUUUAUCAGCCCGGGCAAGCGUACUCUUCCUGCUCGUAAACAGUAUGUGGACUGCUGUAGGAAAGGGUUUCACUUUUGCAAUUGUGUAGGAAGGAAAAGACACCAAGAAGAUCUUACUUCAUGGCAAAUGGAGCUGUGUAAUGUGAGUGUGCAAAGCUGAGAGCUAAAUGUGUGGCCAGAUGCAUGGCCAUAGAGGCCUUUGGGCUACAAGACAGGGUUGGGAGGAAGGCGGCAUGCCCAAGGGCAGUGGGAUGGCCAAGGCUCAGAGCAUAUCAGAUGCUUUCAAACUGCCCACUGCCCCACAACGUUCUGUUGUUUUCCUUCCGUGAUGCAGUUCUACUGAAUUUAAUUCAUGUGUUGAGAUAACCAUCCCGGAGGGCUGAGUGUUAGGGUAUUGGUGUCAGAGAGCCCCAAUGCCUCCAGGUCAACCCCAGCGCAUUAAGGGGCAAAUUUCUCCUUGGGAUCACCCAGCAGUGUUGAGGACAAAGGCAUCUCCGGAGAACUCCAUGUGCUCUGUGAACCAAGUGCUACUGUAUUUCCGUAACACGGUCAAUAAAGAUACCUCUGAUA